AUGGAAACGAGCGAGGAAGGCGUGGACACGGCGUGGGAGCGGCAGGCACACAGCAAAAGGUGCAACUUAACCGACUGUACCUUCCUCGAUCUGGAUAGUCUUUUGCCUGAGGCACACAGAGUGAGUCCCAGCCCCCAAUGCGAUUGGACAGCGCGAGGGAAACACCGUCGGCGGGAACCUCUCCUUGUCAGUGGGCUCGUGGAGUCGAAUCGUCCGCCUGAGGUGGGCUCUGGUCCCUUGAAGUUCCUUUAUGACCCGCCGCCCAGUCCUCGUCUCCAUUCACGCUGGAUGCUCCCGCCGGUUGCCCGCAGCCCGACACUUCCUUCAAGAGUCCCCAGAAUAUCGACAGGACGCUCCGCUGAUCAACCGCUACAAGUUCUGCUUUGGGAGACCUUCCCCGGAUUCGUCUCAUCUUUUGUCUUCGCUUCUGUCUUCGCUUCUGUCUUCCAUCAGAAAGACAAGCCAAACUUUGCCCUGUGCUUGGUCUGUACCUCAGUGCCGUCAAUACCUGGCAGGGCAUGGGCAAUGGCAACUAUUUACGAAUCCACGGGAGUCUCUAAGAAUGCGAUACUUUAG